GAGCGAGGGCGCUUGGGAGACGCCUCGCCCAGCGGCGAUAGAUUAGUUAGGCCUCAGAAAGAUGGCGUCCUCGGAGCAGGCAGAGCAGCCGAGCCAGCCAAGCUCUACUCCAGGAAGUGAAAAUGUGGUGCCUCGAGAGCCUCUGAUUGCCACAGCAAUGAAGUUUCUACAGAAUUCCCGGGUCCGCCAGAGCCCACUUGCGACCAGGAGAGCGUUCCUUAAGAAGAAAGGGCUGACAGAUGAAGAGAUUGAUUUGGCUUUCCAGCAGUCAGGCACAGCUGCCGAUGAGCCUUCGUCCUUGGGCCCAGCCACACAGGUGGUUCCUGUCCAGCCCCCUCACCUCAUUUCUCAGCCGUACAGUAAGUCACCCGUUCAAACUCCUGCUUUAACCUUGUCUGGGGUUCAGGAUUCUGGCCAAAGAGCAGUGCCUUCCAUCUCCCAGACUCAGCAAGCGGGGAGAAACCGGGAUUAGUAGACAGCUCUUGGG